UUUGAUAAUUCUGGUAACUCUCUAGUGUAAGCGCAGCGACACCUGAAAAUCCAGCAGACUGCAUGAAUUGGGUAACUGGAUAUGGCUGCACAGGUGGUAGAGAUGACGGUGGUGGUGGUGGUUGCUGGUCAGCUGGAAGCGCUGGUUGUCGGUGUUGAGAAGAUGGAAUGUACGGUUGAGAUUCGUUGUUAUUGAUCUUUGGUUUCUUUUGUAAAGGAUGAUCGUUUAAGGGUGAUGAUUGUUUGAGUGAAUUUCCGAUUACACCCUUGGAUGCUAGGAAUGAGAAGACAUAAGAGAGCAUCUCCGCUGAGGAAGUUUGAAGGGGUAUGGUCCCAGAUCUUGCGCCAGGCUUAGGCGCAAGUGACCAUCACCCAAUAUACUUAGCCACUUAAGGCUAAAAACAUGAUUCAGUCCCGCGCAAGCUUGCAGGGUGCGCACGCGGACAACAUCAGACGGUGGAACUCAUCCAACACAUGCUACGAUCCUGUGCAAGCCUACAGGGCGCACGCGCAAGGGCAGCAUCUUAUUAUAAUGCAAAUGGAACCUUCCUUUGACUUCUACGUCCAAUCGAGAAGUUGCAAACUCUGACACUACACUGCACACUGCAAACUCUUAUUAUAAUGCAAAUGGAACCUUCCUUUGAACUCAUCCAACACAUGCUACCACUUGCAUAAAGCUGAUGAACAGACUGACAACGAAAGCUAAUAGGCCACGUGGCGGCUCCUCCUUCGUGCGCCUGACACAACAGGACACGUGGUAUACCUCCACCGUGCGCCUGACACUUCUGCAGUCUGCACACCUGACAGACCAGAAGAUAAGCUGAUACUUGUCAUGUCAGGCUCAUUAAACGGCCCAUUGGCCUCUCUCCUUCACUCUUCGGCUAUAAAUACCAGACUUCGAACCAGGUUAAGGCGAUAGAUACAAGAUCAACCAGUCAUCGAUCAAGGAAAGAAGGGAUUAACCCUAUCUUGACGAGAUUUGACCCGGGACCAACCACUCGGUUAACCACUAUUCCUUCAAAGUUGAUGCAGUGAGCUUUUCCGCCAUUGCGGCCGCCACAGAUUUAGUAUUCUCAGACUGAAGGUGACCAGGUCUAAGAAGAUCACAAAGAAGUAAAUGACAAAAGCUUCCCAUAACAUCAAGAGAUAAGAUUUUACCAUUCCCUUGUACAUCAAGUUAUGGGCUGCAAUAACUUUUAUUCUUUUUAGUGUUAACAACCUAUAAAAAGCUAUUUGAGAUAAAAAGAACAUAAUACUAAAAAGCUAUAUGGCUUCUCUUUGCAUCAAUGCUGCAAUGUACAGAGCUUGCAACUCUCCUCACUUAGCCACCAAAGAACCGUCUCAGCUCGGAACCACACGCUCUUUAGGCACCAAACAGGACUCGACAUUCGCAGCUCUGAAUAUCGAAGGCCAUAACAGUCUAGUUGAACAAAACCACAACAAGGAAGUCGAAAACGCGGAUGCAACAGAAACCUCUAGUGUCAGAUUCGUCGAUGAGCGGUGGAAACAUGGGACAUGGGAUUUAAACAUGUUUGUGAAAUCAGGAAAAAUGGAUUGGGAUGCUUUGAUUGUUGCUGAAGCCAGAAGGAGAAAGUUUCUUGAAUUGUUUCCAGAGGCAGCAACAAAUCAAGAACCGGUGGUGUUUUUAAGCUCCAUUAUACCUUGGUGGGCUUGGAUUACACAUUCUCACCUUCCUGAGGCUGAGUUGCUCAAUGGUCGAGCUGCAAUGAUCGGGUUCUUUAUGGCUUAUCUUGUGGAUGUUUUGACCGGGCUUGACGUCGUGGGGCAAAGUGGUAAUUUCAUAUGUAAGAUUGGUUUGUUCAUGGCAGUCAUUGGUGUGGUUGUUUUUAGGCAAACUGAGUCGCUAAAGGAUCUCAGGAAUCUAGCGGACGAGGCGACAUUUUAUGAUAAACAGUGGCAAGCAUCAUGGCAAGAUCAAGAUUCCACAGGCAAUGGUGCUUUAAGAGAAAAAAUUAAACAAAUGUACCAUCAACUAAUGAAAUUUUUUUUUAUUUGA